AUGGUUCGGCACAUUCUAGCUACUUGGCUGCAGCAGCUGUCACCGACAGCGAAGCCGGAGAUGGACACCGCCAGCGGCAACUACUCUCCUCCCACAACACCAGAAAUCGAGAAAGACAAGCACGAAAAGCACAACACCAUGGGGGCGCAGAACGGUAUCUCGCGGCCAUCGCAUCCCAAUGGAAAGCCUUCGGUUUCAAGCCAUUCGAGGAUUGGUGCCCUGGCUCAGCAGAUCGCCACGGAAACGGGAAAGGUUGAGGCGUACUUCGAGAAGCGCGGCUGGCCGAUGCCGAGUUUCGAGGUCGACUCACCGGAUGAUUUCCCGAAGUUGCCGGAAGACGUUUCCAGAUGCCGCCGAGAAGUCAUCGAAGCCACUCAAGAGCUUCAUGAUCUCAUGGUCGGACCGAGAGAAAGCGUUCGGUGGAUGGCCUGGGAUUUCAUGAGCACCCAGUGCCUCCAACUGAUCAACUCAUAUGGGAUUCCCAAGCUGGUUCCCGUCGACGGGAGCAUCACACUGCCGGAACUGCAGGCCAAAACGACCCUGGACGCCAUCAACCUAGCUCGCAUCAUCCGCUACGCUAUCACCAAUCACAUCUUCCAGGAGCCUUCGCCGGGCGUGAUCGCCCACACGGCCGCCUCGCGACUUCUCCUCGAGGACGACGCCCUGCAGGCCUGGGUCGGCUUCAACACCGAGGACAUCUACCCUUCUUCGGCGCGCGUCGUCGACGCGCUGACGCGGCACCCGGAAGCGAUGAGCCUCACGCGCACGGGCUUCAACUUCGCGCACGACACCGUCGACAAGGAGCCCAUGUUCGUGACGUUCGGCCGGGACCCGGCGCGCGCCAAGCGCAUGGGCCAGGCCAUGAGCUCCCUCACGGGCGGCGAGGGCUACGAGAUUUCGUAUUUGGUCGAGGGGUGCGACCUGAGCGAGGCCGACGCGCGCGGCGGCACUUUUGUAGAUGUCGGCGGCAGCCACGGCUUCGUGUGCGUGGACCUGGCGCUCAAGCACCGCAACCUGCGCUUCGUGGUACAGGACCUGCCCCAGACGGUCGAGAGCGCGCCCUCGCCGCUCAGCGCCGACGCGCAGGUCGCGCGGCGUAUUAGUUUUCAGGCGCACGACUUCUUUACUGAGCAAACUGUCCAAGGCGCCGACGUCUACUUCUUCCGCUGGAUCAUGCACAACUACUCGACGCCGUACGCGGUCCAGAUCUUGAGGAGUUUGGUGCCGGCGCUGAAGCCCGGCGCGCGCGUUAUUGUCAACGACCACUGUCUGCGCGAGCCGGGCGCCGAGGAGCCCUGGGACGAGCGUAUUGUGCGCGGCAUGGACCUUGUUAUGAUGACGCUGCUGAAUGCGCAGGAGCGCGAUGAAGAGGCGUUUCGCCGGCUGUUUGAGAUGGCGGACGAGGGGUUCGUGUUCAAGGGCGUCACGAGACCGAUGGGAUGUCGCAUGAGCAUCAUCGAGGCCGUCUGGAAGCCGCAUGAAGUCGACGGCCCGUCGAGUAACCUGCGGACUGAGUCCGAGUAG